ACAAUGAGAUUUGAGAACAUACUUUCAGAUAUUAACGGAUUUGGAAGAUUCCAGAAGAUGGUGAUUGCGAUCAGUUUCCUCGGCCGAUUCACUCUGCCGUGCCACUUCAUGCUAAACAACUUCAUAGCAGUUGUGCCUCCUCACCACUGCAACAUCAGUGCCCUGGAUGCUGGUGAUGUCUUUAGGAAUCUAACCCUGCAGCAGCAACUUACUGUUCAUAUUCCAGUGCAGGAGGACGGGAGUCUGAGCUCCUGUAAGAUGUUCGCAGAGCCUCAGUAUCAACUGCUGCUCAACUCCUCCAACAUCACUGACGCCCCGACGGUGCCGUGCAAGAACGGAUGGGUGUAUGACACCUCCGCUUUCAAGUCUACUCUGGCCACAGAGUGGGACCUGGUAUGUGAUAAAAGAAGGGAAAACAAAGCCACAGCUACCAUCUUCUUUGUUGGAGUGAUGUUUGGAGCCGUAUGCUUUGGAAGUCUGAGUGACAGGUUUGGACGAAGGAUCAUGCUGCUGCUGUCAUACAUAUUGGGAAUGGUCUUUGCUGUUGCCAGUGCUUUUUCCACAUCCUACGUGAUGUUUACAGUGCUGCGGUUCUUCACUGGGUUUAGCAUCACUGGCAUUGUCAUAGUGUCAUCAGUCCUCAGUGUGGAGUGGGUCGACAUUGAGCACCGGAAGCUGGUGGGAGUGACUGACAGUUUGUCUUGGACAUUUGGGAACACAGUCUUUCCGGCGAUUGCUUACUUUGUGACUGACUGGCGGUGGCUGAUCAUUAGUGUCACCUCACCACUGAUUUUGGCCAUCAUCACUUGGCGGUGGAUGCCUGAAUCAGCCAGGUGGCUCAUUGCCAACGGAAAGCUGGACCAAGCUCAAUAUUAUUUGCAGAAAUGUGCCAAGAUGAACCAAAUCAAGGACGUAACGGACACACUUAAAACAGAGACACUAUCCAGCAUUGUGAUGACUGAGAAAAGAGACAGGACCUAUUCCUACCUUGACCUCGUACGGACACCCAGGAUGAGGUGUCUGGCUCUGUGUACUGGCACCGUGUGGUUUUGUGUGGCAACCGCAUUCUACGGCAUCAGCUUCAACAUCUCCGGCUUUGGGCUCAGCAUCUAUCUCACCCAGUUUACAUAUGCCAUGAUUGAGCUACCAGCCAAAAUAGCAGUUUACUACUUACUGGAUAAAAUUGGCAGGCGAUUCACUGAAGUGGGAGCUCUGCUGAUGGUUGGACUCUGUCUUGGAAUCAACAUUGUUGUACCCAAAGGUAUGUCUGUUGUCAGGACGGUGGUGGCCGUCAUUGGAAAAGGAUUUUCAGCAGCAUCCUUUGCAACUAUUGUGCUGUACAGCUCUGAGCUAUACCCGACUGUAGUGAGGCAAAAUGGUAUGGGCUACAACUCCUUCAUGGCUCGGAUCGGAGUGGCUGUGGCUCCUUUGAUCCUCCUGCUGGAUGAGUUCUGGCAGGACCUGCCCCAGGUCGUCCUGUGCUCUGUGGCUGUGCUGGGGGGAAUAGUGGCCAGGACUCUGCCAGAGACACGCAACAAGUGCCUCCGAGAGACUAUAGAGGAUGUUGAACAGCAGCGAUAA